AUGACAGAGGCGUCUCUCUCGGAGGCGAUCACGGCCUUCCUGACAAACACAUCCGCGACACACCAGUACCUGAUCACUCUCUUCCGCCCUGCACCCAUCAUCCUCGACACUGGCGGCAAUCUCCUCACCGCACUGACACAGAUCACCGUCUUGCUGAGUAACCCGCUCACCUUCCCGAGCGUCCUGUUCCUGGCGGAGACGGCCGACGUGUCGGCAUCCGUGGUGGAUAUGCUGCGGCAGAAUGACACGACGUCCGAGAUCCUCAUUAUCUCCGCCCACUCAUCGAACACGCGGCUGUGCGAUCCAAAGACGAAUCGGCGCACUAUGUGCAUGGUGCCGCGCGACAUGAUCAACGUCCGUGGGCUGCUCGAGGUCGUGUCGAAUCAGCUGAGCUGGUAUUCCAUGAGCCUGGCCUUGAGCAACGACAACUAUGGCGACGGCGUUGCACAGGCCAUCACGUCGGAGGUGCAGACGGCGUCGACAACGGCGACUAUUGUGGCGCACGCAUUCAUGAACGGUGCCGCCUCGACGACAGAUGAUGAUGCGGUCGUCGCAUCCCUCAUCAAGUACCGCGCGCGGGGCGUGGGUUGCUUCCUGCGGGAAGCAGAGACGCGUCGCCUGCACGCCGCCGUGGAGCGCAACCGCCGUGCCGCCAACAGCGUCUUUCUCAUCGCCUCACGUGAGAGCCUGAACGUGCUGCCAGACCUGACCGGUGACAUGAACGGAACCGCGAAGCCGUGGGGUGCCAUCUUCGUCUCUGCCUACACGCCUCCAGCGGAGCUCGUCAGCCAAGGCUUCUUUCCCACGACGCACGGAACCGCCGUGGAUGAGUACGGCGCCUUCGUGCUGAGUCACCUGCUCGACGGCCUUCUCAUGUUGGACGCUGCGAAGGGGGCGAUUGACAACAUGUCCGCGCUGCGCGCCGUCCGUUUCCGCGGCUACACCGGCAACGUUGCUUUCGACCCGAUCUACUACCAGCGCGUCGAGACCGUAUUCUCCCUCAUCACGGCCAGCCACACGAUGCGCAACCCACUCGUGACGUGGACCCUGAAGGACUACUCGUCAGACGCGGCGCAGGUGAAUGCCAACCCAAAUGUGACGAGUGCCCUCAUCAAGACGUCGCCGCUGCGCACAGCAACGAUCUGCAUGGCGUCGCCCUCGAACUGCGCGUUUACGCAGAUGAUGAUGUCGAUGUUGUUUGUGAUCACGGCCCACAACGAGAACGUCGCAGACAACGACAGCGACAGCGUCUUCAACUUCUACCCUGUUGCCGUGAACACGGGCGCUAGCGGCGUCAUGGGGCUGUCUUCGUUGAUCCCGAUAGCGCGCUCGUGUACAGUGCUCACCGGACCGGGCUCCGACGCGGUUGUCAUGGCUGUUACCCCUGUAGUGAACGAGUUUCAUAUCCCACAGCUCGACUACGCCGUCUCGAACGACUACUUCACCGACAACGUGCACACGUAUCCUUACUUCUCGCGGAGCUUGCCAAAGAACACCUUUGCGGAUGUGGCGGUGACGCAGCUCUGCGUGCACUACGGGUGGGAACGCGUGAUCAUCAUCACCUCAAACGACCAGUUCGGCAUCUCGCGCGCACAGUCGAUGGCGACGAGGAUGCAACAGCAGAACCUCUACGUGGAGGCGACCUACUACCUCUCCGACGGCAACAACGCCACCGUGGCGGACUGCAUGGAGAAAAUCUACGCCAAGUUGGUGAGCCGCAUCAUCAUUCUCAUCAACCCAUUCACGGCCACACAGGCAGAGACUUUCUUCAGGCUCAGCGAUUACCUCACCUACAUGCGCCAGUACAUCUUCUUUAUGGACAGCGCUCUCUGCCACGCCGCUGCGGCCUCGGCGAACGGCGAUGCGCUGCGUCAGAAACUGCCGAGCUCCAUCUGCAUCUACCCAAACGUGACGCAGACCCGCCUGGCGGCACUGAACACUCUCUACACAAACAGCGACUACGCGACGACGCGGCAGGAGAUGCGCAAGCUCAUGAGUGACGGCGGGUUCCUCUCGUCGGUGGAGUCGUGUGACAUCAGCUCCAUCAGCCCCUACGCUGGCUUCGCCGUGGACGCCGGUUACGUCCUGAUAGACUCCAUCUCUCGCGCCGUCGCUGAAAAUGUGUCGCUGAAUGUCGCCGCCCAUCUGCUGCCCUACAUCCGCAGCACAUCCAUUGACGACUUCACUGGCGAGUGCACCAUCGACUCCACCGGCAACCGCCUCUACGCGGCCUACUCGAUCAACAUCCAGCUCUUGAACGGCAGCGCGCUCUUCAUCGGCACCUGGAACUCGAAGGCGUCCCCGGCGCUGGAAAUUACGGAGUGGUCGUUUGUGUGGCUGACGAACAGCACUGCAGUACCGCUCGACACGUUCCGGGAUGCUUCCUUCGUCCUCAGCACGGCCUUCUCGGCCUCCCCGGGGGCGAUCGUGAUUUCCGUUCUCGGCUUCAUCCUCACCAUAGCCGUCUUCUACUUCUGCUACCGCCACUACCGCAUGCAGAAACUCAUUGAGCAGGCACUGGAAGCGAACCAGUUCCCGGUGACGGACGAGGAGCUGCGUUCCCUGCGCGGCAUCAAGGACGACGUGUAG